CUCUCCCCAAUCUCUUCGUUCGGCCCCGCGACGGCGUGCUUCGGCAGCCGCGUGCGUCGGCGGCCGCGCCGCGCCAGUCCUCUGCAGGUCCGACCGGCGGCAACCUCUGCGGGACCGUGCCGCGUCCGUCACUCCUCCGCGCCGCAGCGACGAGGAGCGCCAGGCUGCACCACGUCCGUCAUCCGCACCGCGGCGGGGAGCUCCUCGUCUCCGCCCGCCGCACCGGGGACGCGCAGACUCCUGCCCGCUUGCUCGCUGGCCCCGGCUGCUCGCGGUGGCGCGGCGCCUCCGCGACGACACCGGCGGCGGCGGGCUGCCGAGCUUGGCGCCUCUGCUCCACAGCGGCCGGCGGUGGCAGGUCGCUCCCGCCUGGCCUCUCGCGGUGGCGCCGGGCACUCCGCUCGCUCCCGGUCUCGCUCGGGUCUACCCCUCACUCCUCCCUGGCCGGCUCCCUGCGCGGCGGCGCCCGCAAGGCGAGCCCACUCUUUCUCCGCCGUAGGCCGUAACCAUGCCCCCCUCCGGCGGAAACGACGGGGUGGGAGAGGGCAGCGGGCGGUCCAUGCGCCGUGGAGUCGGUCGAGGCACAACGGCUGUUGCCUCAACAGGCCAGGAUUUUGGGGCAGAACCUGGAAGCAGAAAGAGGAAAGUGUCAGUUAUAUCCAGAGAUACGGGGAGUCCGGUUGGGAGUGGAGAACAUUUGAAGGUGGCUUGCGAUGAUUCUCAGAGGAUUUUAAAUGAGAUCGAGGAUCUGAGGGCUCAACUUGACGAGGAUGUGAAAAAGCUUGGAUACUGUGAGGCGAAUCAGAAGUUGAGAGUUGAGCUGGCUCUGAAUGCAGAAGAAAUACAGUGCUUGAGGAUGAAGAAUGAGGAGAUGCACGCCAAGUAUGAAGGCAUGAGAAAGUCGAAUGAGGAGCUGCGGAACAAGAAUGAUGACUUGGUGAAGCAAAAUGAGGAGUUGCAAGACAAUAAUAAUGGCCUGGUGAAGCAAAAUGAGGUACUGCAAACCAGUAAUGACUGCAUGAAGGUGGUGAAUGGGGAGCUGCAAGACAAAAAUGAUGGCCUAGUGAAGAAUAAUAUAGAAUUGCAAACCAUGAGUGAUGGCAUGAGGAAGGGGAACAGGGAGCUGCAAGCCAAGAAUGACAGCCUAAUGAAGCAGAAUGAGGAGCUGCAAGACAACACUGAUGGCCUGACAAAGCAGAAUGAGGAGGUGCAAGCCAAGAAUGAUUACAUCAGGAAGCAGAAUGAGAUGCUACAAGCCAAGAAUGUCGGCUUCACAAAGUGGAUUGAGGAGCUGGGAGCCAAGAAUGACGGCCAAAGGAAGCGGAGUGAGGAGCUGCAAGCCAAGAAUGACAGCCUGACGAAGUGGAACAACACACUGCAGGCCAACAAUGACAGCAUGAGGAUGUGGAAUAAGGAGCUAGAAGCCAAGAAUGAUGGCUUCCAUAAGAAUAUUAAGGAGAUUCUGGAAAAUAAGAUUGACACUAAGAGAAAGCACUUGCUGCAACUCGAGGAGCUGUACAGCACAAUAGACUUUCCAACUCCUCAGCUCGAAGUGGGCAAGAGAAUGCUACAUAAGUCAUCUGUGGAAGCCAACCAUGCUGCUCUUAAGGAGGAGGUUGCUGCCUAUGCUGCCUCCCUGGAACACACUCGAAAGAAAAAUAAAGUGCUGGAGUCAAAGAAGGCUACAGGUGAACAGCUGGUGGCUAUGUUGCAACAGGUCCAAGAUGUCUCGGAUAUUGGCUUUGAUGAUAUUGAGCUAGACACAAGAAUUUGUGAUCUGAUGGUUACCGGUUGUAAGUCAAAGUCACGUUCCAAGAAGAAUAAAGAACGUAGGAGGGAUACUGUCAUAACUGAACCUGAAUGCUCUGAUGAUGAUGGAAGGGUGAGCAACGCUGCUGUCAACAGGAAGUCUAAGCGAAUCUCGAAGCCCAACCCCAAGUAUGCCGGCCUAGAGUGGCGGCCCAAGUAAAGAUGGCCCAAGAAGCGCCGACGAGAUGUGUACAAGAACUCUGUGAGUUGGGAGAAGAGGAGGUAGGAAGGGAGAAGAAGUAAUUGGCCGGCUGCGUCCGGAAGAAGGCGGCGAUCUGCGGACGCUGAUGUACCGAGCGACUUGUGAGCUAGAUCUUGUACUCGUUUGCUACGGUUUUCCUCUGUGAGUAGUGAGAACAAGGCCACCAAAUAUCCUAGUUCAUCACAGAUACCCCAACCAACAAGAAAGUUACCCCAUAAAAGGCAUCUAUUGGAAAUUUGGAAUAUCAGAGGUAUGUCGGACUUGUCUAAAUAUCAGUAUAUCUCGGACUUGGUCAAGGAUCGCAACUUAGACUUUGUUGUUGUCAAGGAGACAGGGAAACAAGAUGUGCCACAAGCGUAGGUGAGGUGUGCAUGUCAGCAUGUGGUGGUGCUGUUGCCGCUUGCAUCCUAGAUACUGAUGUGAUCGGUGAACUGAAUAAUACCAGCCAGUGGCUUUCGUGCAGAAGUACAUAUGUAGUAGUGCUAGUGCUGGCCUCCUUGGCUUUCUCAUGCGUAACUGGCUAAUCAUGCUACCGAUUUAUAGCAUCUGUACUCGGUGUUGGUUUGAUGAUGCUUGUGAUAUGUUAAUUUGUGUAAGAAAAAUGUAGCAUUUGCUACGGACUGACUGAAUUAGUAAGAGCACUGGCAUCUGAUUAGUAAGAGCAGAGUACUGAACAAUGGACUUUGACUGUUGCCGUUCAUAUCUCAUACCACAUCAUUAAGAAAGCAAACAAUAGAUGUGAUGGAUUGGUGUUUUGCGCGAAGAUGAUUCAAGGUUGGAGCGGGAACGAAGAAGAAGAUUGUUUUCUAGCGCUCUCUCUUGUUCCGUGAAAUCCCUUAUUUGAGAUUUGGAGUCUAAGUACUCUUGUAACGUUUGGAUUUAUAUAUCUACUUUGUGGAUAUAGAGGCUGGAUUAAUCCUUUAUUAAGAAACAUCAUUAAGAAA